UUCGUAGCAGACGCGUGAUAUAAGCUGUCGAAGGAGUUGUUUUUCCUCUUCCAAUAACUGUUUUAGACGACAUAGUAAAACUGGACUAAGUUUUUAAAGAUUUUAAGGUUGAAAUCCUUUGGAGAGAAAGGCUCAGCCAAAAUGACGAUUAAUUUGGGCGUAAAGGCUCUUCUCGGUUGGGUUAACAACAUAAAACUGUCAGAUCGAGAGUUAACCAUUGACGACUUACAAGAUGGGACUAUCUUAUUGAAAAUCAUCUUUAUGCUGAAAAAGGAAUCUGGCACCAGCUUCAGCAGUUGUAUCGAUGAUAACUUCCGACUCAUUGCAAACUUUAUUGAAAAGGAUUGCAGAUUUAGUGGAACCAAAGGCACUUCAUUGUCUUGGGACAGCAUAAGAGAUGGAGUCAACCUUACAAUUGAAAUUGCAAAGGUGCUUUUGUUGCUGGUGUACCAUGACAUCAUGAAUGACCGCUGUACUGUGAACUUGCUUGACUGUGAUGUGGAGCGAGAGAUAGCAAACCUAACUGCUUCCUUUGUGAUGGAGAGCGACGGCUGUGUUAAUCUGAGCAAUGGACUUGAUGCCUAUUUGGCAAGGAGAUAUUUACCCGUGUCCCGUGAAAUAUUUGAGCAGUCGGCAACCACCUCCAGCGUGUCUACCUGUACCUCCAGUGUGUCAUCUCUGUCAGAUGACGAGUCCCCCAUGUUCUUCCGCAAACAGAAAAUAACAUUUGUGGACAUGCAAACUGUGGCUUCUUCUUCAGUCAGCAAGUCUCCUCUGCAGGAUAUCAUGAACACACCUAAGUUUCAGUUGAGGAAGGUGCAAAGACAGAUGAUCAAAGAGAGAGACUACAGGGAUGGCUUGGAGAGGGAGCUGGCCAGCAAGCUUGCACUCAUCUCACAGAGAGAGUCACAGAUUAACCAGCUGCAGUACCGCCUGGAUAAGCUCAAAGGAGAGCAAGGUGACCAGGAGCAAGCUAUCAGGGAUAAAAUCAAUGAGUUUGAGGACAAGAACAACACGUUACAGAUGCGUCUUAAUGAGAUGAUGAAGCAAAACAAAGACUUCAAGAGUACCUCCGCUCUUAUGGAGCGGAAAGUGGAUGAGCUGACAGAGGAAAAUGGUGUGCUCUCUUCCCAGAUGAGAGCAGUGUGUUCACAGCUGGCUGUCUAUGAGGCAGAAGUUGGCAGGCUGUCAGAAUCCCAAGCGUUUACUCAGGAGGAAUGGCAACGCAAAGAAAUUCACCUCGAGUCUGAACUCAAUGAAGUUACAGCUCAAAAGGAGCUUCUGACAGAACAGAUCCAGAUCCUCCAUGGAAAGAUUUCCUGUUUGGAGGAUGAAAUAAACAGGGCCACCCAGGAAGAAGUAGGAGAGAACAUGGGACCAGUGAUCGAGAGAGAAAAGUUUGAGACUGAAAUAAACAGUUUGAGGAGUGAGUUGGAGAGCACAGUUGACUCCCUGAAAAAGGCUGAGGUGGACGUUCAUGCCAAAGCACAACAGCUUUCAGAGUAUCAGCAAGAAAUUUCUCAACAGAAGGAUCUCCUCAAGCAGCAGAAGGCCGAAACAGAAGAAAUGCUUGAAGCAAAAGAUGAAAUUCUUGAUCGUUUGCAAAAGCAGAUCACAGAACAGAGAGCCGUCCUGCAGGAAGAGAUCCAGGAUCUAAAGCUUCAGCUGCAGCAAGCUGAGCAGCAGAACAUUGAACAGAUUUCAAGACUGCAGGAGCAAAUAACUGCUUGUGAACAAGAUGUUGAAAAACUAAAGGAAAUUAAGAAAGAGAAGGAAGACCUUCUUCAACAGACUGAGGAAAGAGUUAAAGAUCUUGAGACAAAGUUAUCUGCUGCAAGUUCUCUCUUGGCUGAUAAAGAGCAACAUAUUACUGGUCUUAGGGAAGAAAUUGACAUUCUUACAGAUGAAACCAAAACAUCUAAAAAUGAAAUUCAAGCCAAAGAGGAAAAGCUUGCUGAAUUACUUUUGGAAAAGUCUUCUGAGCAAGAAAUCCUUAAUAAUAAAAUACAGAUUUUGACAGCCAAAAUGGAAGAACUCGACUCAACUCUCAAACUGGCUGAGCAGGAAAUCCAACUAAAGCAAAACCUCCUGACUAAAACCCAAGAAGAAAAUAUCCAACAAAGAGAGGGACUCCAAAAACAGAUUGUCACCUGUGAAGAGGAGGUUCAGAGGUUAAGCCAAGAGAUUCAGGUAAAAAAUGAUCAGCUUGUUGUUCUGAGGAAUGACAGCUCUCGGCAGUCUGAAUUGCUGGAGCAAGAGAUAAUAGGUCUAAAAGGCCAACUAGAAAGUCUGAAUGAGUCUCUCAGAAAGGCUGAGGUACAAGUUCAGGCUCAGGAGCUUUUGCUAAAUAAGCAGGAGGAGGAAAGUGCACAUCAGGCAGAGCUCCUGAAGCAACAAUUGUCUGCUUCAGAAGAGAGGAUAGAGAACAUGAAGGAGGAGAUCAGGACUAAAGAGGAACAGAUGAACACAUUGAAUAAACAAAGUUCCGAACAGUCAGAAGAACUACAUCAAGAGAUCCAAGAUUUGAAAAAAGAAUUUGAGACUCUUAGUUCAUCACUAACAAAAGCCGAGGAGAAUUUGCAAUCAAAGGAAAAUCUGUUUGCUGAACAGCAACUGCAGCGCACCCAGGAUAUUGAGACACUCCAGAUGCAGAUGAAAGCAUCUCAAGAUGAGGUGAAGAGGCUAACGGCAGACAUCCAUGCAAAGGAGGAGAAGUUAAUUCUGCAACAGACAGAGUCCUCCUCACACUCAGAAGGGCUACAGAAUGUAAUACAAACUCUCAGGGACCAAGUUCAAAGUUUGAAUGAAUCUCAGAAAACUACAAUGGAGCAGUUACAGGCUAAAGGAGACCUGUUGUCUCAGAAAGAGACAGAGAUUUCUCAGGAAAAGGAUACAUUUCAGAACAUGAUGAAAACCUGUGAAGAGGACAUAAGAGGGCUUAGGGAGCAGAUCCAGACUAAAGAUGACCAGCUGACCACCUUAAAACAAGAGGGCUCCAAACAAUCUGACAAGCUACAAGAAGAGAUCAAAUGUCUCACAAAACAACUUGCCGAUAUGGGCGAGUCUCUCAUGAAGGCCGAGGAGCAGGUUCACACCCAGGUAGCUGUGCUUUCCAAACAGGAAGAAGAGAAUGCUCAUCAGAUGCAGCGUCUGUCAGCUUCUGAAGAAGAGGUGAGGAAAAUGAAUCUGGAGAUCCAAGCAAAAGAGGAACAGAUGACACUGCUGGAGACUGAGAGCUCAGAGCAGAAGGAGCUACUAAAUCAAGGGAUCCAAGAUUUAAAGAAACAGGUUGAAAAUCUUUGUUCCACUUUAGCGGAAGCUGAGGGAAACUUGCAAUCCAAGGAAAAUCUGUUUGCUGAACAACAACUACAGAGCACCCAAGCAAUGGAGGCACUUCAGACUCAGAUGGUGGCAUCUCAAGAUGAAGUGAAGAGGCUAAAUGCGGAGAUUCUUGCUAAGGAGGAACAGCGAAUUCUGCUGAAGACUGAGUCCUCGUCACACUCUGAAGGGCUACAGCAGGAGAUUGAAAAUCUGAGUCAACAAAUAAAAACUGUGACCACUUCUCUUGAGCUAGCCAAGGACCAGGUUCAAGCCAAAGAAGACAUGAUGGCCAAGCAGGAACAGGAGAGCACUUUGCAGAUUGAAGCACUCAGAAAGCACAUUUCCCUCCUUGAGGGGGAGGUUAAUCAGCUGAGGGAGGAAAUGCAAACUAAAAAGGCUGAGGUAGAGAUCCUAAAGACACAAACUUGCAAGGAGUCUCAGGAACUACAGGAUGAAAUACAAACUCUCCAGGUCCAAGUUCAAAGUUUGACUGAAUCUCUGAAAACUUCAAUGGAGCAGCUGCAUGCCAAAGAACACCUGCUCAUUCAGAAAGAAAUGGAGAUUUCAGAUGCAAGUUGUAAAUUUCAAAACAUGGUGAAAACCUGUGAAGAGGAGAUACGAGGACUGAGUGAGCAGAUCCGGACUAAAGAUGAACAGCUGACUACAAUAAAACAAGAGGGCUCCAAACAUUCAGACAUGCUAAAGCAAGAGAUGGAAUGUCUUACAAACCAACUAGCUGAUAUGGGUGAGUCUCUCUCAAAGGCUGAGGAGCAGGUGGAGACUCAGUUAACUGUGCUUUCCAAAAAGGAAGAAGAGAUUGCUCGUCACAAGGAACUUCUCUUGGCUUCUGAAGAAAAGGCUAGGAAGAUAAAAGAGGAGGUACAAUCUAAGGAGGAACAGAUGAUGCUGCUGAAGACUGAGAGUUCAGAACAGUCAGAUUUGUCACACCAAGAGAUCUUAACUUUAAAGAUGCAGCUGGAGACUCUUGGCUCCUCAUUGAAGAAGACCAAUGAGGAUAUACGAUCCAAGGAAGAUCUGUUGGCUCGACAACAACUUGAAAAUACUCAACAGAAGGAGGCCCUCCAAGGUCUGCAGGAGAAAGUCAAACAAGUGGAGAUUCUGCAGGAACAGAUGAAUUCACGUGAAGAAGAGAUUCACAAACUAAGAGAAUCACAGAGUGAGAAAGAGAGCCUUCUUCUCAGGGCUGAGGAGAAGCUUCAGAUCCUCGAGACAGAGCUGUCUGCUGCCAACACGCUUCUAUCGGAUAAAGACCAAAAUCUGGUCACUCUCAGGGAAGAGGUUGCUGCCCAAGCUAACUUGGUUCAAAAAACAAAAGAGGAAUCUAAAGCUAAUGAGAAACAGAUGGCUGAGAUUAAAGGGGAGAGCUCCAGACAGACAGAUUUUCUGCAACACGAGAUCCAGGAUCUAAAAGGGGACUUGGAAACGAUUACUCAAAAACUUCUGGCCAAAGAACAGAUGUUACACGAAACUCAACAGGAAGCUUCUCGGCAAAUAGAAGUCCUCCAGAAACAGCUUGUCUCAGUAGAAACAGAGACCAACGCUGCACAGGAGCUACAGGUUGAAACUUUAAAGGAAAAAGAGGCUCUUGUUCAGGAAAAAGAAGCACUCAUGUCCCGGAUACUCCAGGCUGAAAUGGGCCGGAAAGUUCUUGAGACACAACUUGAAGCCACAGUGGUUGAAAAAGAGAGACUGUCUCAAAACAUGCAAGCUACGGAGCGGGAGAACCUAGCUUCUCGUAAACUGGAAUCUGCGCUACAGAAGGAGCUGGUAUUAUUGAAAUUGGAAAAAGACAAAUUAUUGAAAGAGAGAGAAAAAGCUGAUGAAGCUGAGACGCAAAGGCGUGACCUGCAGGAACAGCUCUCGGCUAAAACAGAGGCUGCCGAACACUACAAAGCACAGAUGGAGAAGGCAGUGAGUUUCUACAAUAGCAAGAAGCAGCUUCUGCAGGAAAGCCAAGAUCAGGUGGCCGAACUCAAGAACUCCUUGGAGGUUAAAGAGCGGGAAGUCAAAGGCGUUACCAUGGAGAACAAGAUACUUCAACUGGAUCUGGAGAAGGUCCAAAACAAUGAGAAGAAACUGAGUAGCACAGUGGCCAGUUUGGAGGCACAGCUGGCCUUUGCUGACCGUAACCUGCGAGCACAAAAUAAGAUUCAUGGAAUUGAAAGAAGUGCAACAGAGGCCUGUUACUUGGAGAUUCCCAGUGGACACUCAAGUGUUCAUACUAGAGCAGAAGUGAGGAGGGUCAUGAGCUCUGACAGCCUGGACCAGAGCUCUCUGGAGGACUCCCUGAACACCACAAGGAAACUGUCUGCACCUGGUGAAUCAAGCACACCGCUUGUUCGCAGUUCGGAGCGCUUGGCAUCCAAACGUCAAGGCCUGCAGGCUGAGUCACUAGAAACCCUGUACUUCACACCAAUAAACAACAAGCAGAUCAACAGGACUGGUACAGAACACAGAAUGGAAUUUGAUUCGUCCUGUAAAAACCCAACUUUCGUCAAACGACGCAGGACCACGCAGAAAACUCCGGGCGGCGGUGGUGACUGUGAUGAGACUUUCUACAGUCUGGCUUCAGCACGCUCCCAGCCAAACCUCUCCGGUGCCCACUCUGCCCGACCUGUGUCUACAGAGCUGUUUGAAACUCCUGCCAAAAUGACUGGCGCAGCUAGCGACCAGCUCAUUGGUCUUCCAGGGUACAGAAGGAGCACAAUUCACUCACAGUCAACAGGCACAUUCUGUGUGGGGGCAGAGAACGAACCAGAUGGUGGACCUGAUGUGAUGAGGCUCGCUGAGCUUCAGGCAAGGAACAAAGCCUGUCCUCUUGGUUUAAUGAGUUUCCUCCUUGUCUAUUCCUCUAGGCGGGCAAUCGGUCCUUACCGUUUCACAGAUGAAGAACUCCGUAUGGGCGACCCGUCUGACACAAUCCGUCGGGCAUCCAUGAUGCCUGGCCAGCUGCAAGACUCUCUCACCUCCCAUCGGCAUUCGCUCAUGUUAGGACACUCGGCAGCAGCAGCCAAUACUCGCUCACACCGUCUGUCUUUGAUGCCAGGACAACUGCCAUCUAGAACUGUCAGCUCCUCUCAGCUGAGAAGCCCGAACGGCUCGAAGCGGUCUGCAUCUACUCUGUCUGUUCAUCAGAUGUCACCAGAGAAAAAGGUGAAGGCCAGCUGCUUCCCCCGUCCUCUAACUCCCAAAAACAAGAACGUGAUCAAUGGGUCGUCCAGCGCUCAGCUUCGCCCUGCUCUAAGUCCCGCUGACCGGAGACAGUCUAUGAUGUUCUCUAUCGAAAACACCCCUAAAAACAGCAACUACCUGAAGAAAGGGCUGAACAAACUGCGUGGCUCCACUCGAAAAUCUCCAGGCAAAAGCUCUAAAAAGUCUCCUGCUCAAACAUCCUCUCGUAAGAGCCAGGAGAACAAACCAUCAGGAAAUCCUCGUGCUAGGGUCGGAGGGGCCGGCAGACUAGGCAGCUUCAAGUCACCCCAGGUGGCAACUAAAGGACAGAGAAAGUCUCCACGAGCAACCAGCUCCACUGCGAAGUCCCCUGGGCUGACUUCAAGUGCUCGCAAGAAGCAUGUGACUAUAAAUGAAGAAAAUUUUACAGGAAGUCUUAAAAGAUGAUGAGCAGGAUGAAGGUGUGAGGACUGGUUUCUAAACUGGAGUGGUGAUCUUUUAAGGUUCUACGUUGUAUCAAUUUUUAACAAUCACAAUCGCUUUUUCAUUUUAUUGUAUAUCUGGAGUUUUUAAAUCUUGUUUUAAUCUGUUUUUUUUUUUUUUCUUCUCUGUAUUAUAUUUACAUGUUUGUCAAUAAAAAGAUUUCAAUGACGCAUUGUGCCUUUGAACUGAACAUAGCCCCACGGAUAAUUCCAUAAUUAGCUCUAUAAAUCAAAUGUUCAUGGUACUCAUGGUUAUAGUUGGGAGCCGGGUAAAAGCAGAGUCUCCUCUGAAUCAUUAGUGGGUUGUUCAGAGCAAAUCUAUUGAACGCAUAUAAGCAGAGACGAUCUUACAAAAAUUGUUUUCUAAUUGAGCAAGCUCAUUCUCCUUAAACUAACAAAUACAAAAAUUGCCACGUGUGAUAUUUAAAUAAACAAAACAUGAUUCAUUUA